CAAAGACUUUGGAAAAGGAUAUUAAACUUUGGAUCGAUAAAGCACAUACGUUAUGAAUGAAACUGGGGAACCAGACCCAAAUCCUAUGUUUGAAGGGUUGGGAGACCGAGUGCUUCAAGUGGUAGGAUUGUCCAUACUCACAGUGGGAUGUUUAUUUGGUAAUAUGUUCAUGUGUGUCGUCAUUAAAUGCAACAAAACGCUACACAGCAUCCCAAACAUGUUGGUCUUCAGCCUAGGGAUUACAGAUCUAGGUGUUGGCCUCCUCAACAGUCCACUCAACUUGGUGUUAGCUAUAGCAGGGAGAAACAUUUUCGGUGCUAACCUUUGCAAUUGGUAUGGUGUGAUUAUAAUGGUCCUCACCCAAUGUACGAUGCUACAUAUGUGCUUGAUGGCCAUUAAUAGAUACAUUAUGGUGUGCCAUCCCAUGAAAUACCGGAGUGUUUUUACGAGAAAAAGUGUUGCCAUUUUUAUUGGGAUCAUCUGGAGUAUUUCUUUCCUCAUGGCAUUUUUACCGGUUAUGGGCUGGGGGUCGUAUAAGAUGUACCAAACGUUUGGCUGCUGUCUGCCUAACUUUCUAGAGGGCCUCGAUUUCAUGAUUACGGACCUCGUUCUGAUUACUCUCGUUCCAACCAAUGUUAUGAUUUUCUGUUACUUCAUGGUGUUUAAGACGGUCCGAAAUUCAAAAAGGAAAAUCGCGGCUGCAUUGAAAAAUAAUAAACACGCAGCUUCUUCAAACUUGCGCAAAAAUGAUAAAAAGAAGCGAAAGGAAAUGAAUAUCACAAAAGUGGUACUUAUGAUAAUGGUGUCAUAUUUUGUGUGCUACACACCAUUUUUGAUCCUUUUCCCCAUAAAUGACAUAUUUGGGAUUUAUAUCCCAUAUUGGGCAGGGAAACUUUCAGCCAUUUUUGUUGUUGGGAGCAGUGCCUGCAAUCCAAUCAUUCUCUAUCUCCUGAGUUCGGAAUUUAGAAAGGCGUAUAUAGCUAUGUUACCAAUGAUGUGUCAGGGAAGAUUAAGCGCGUCAACUGAACAUGGCGAUGAUGAUUCAGUUACUGAAAAAACUCAAGUUAAGAGAAUCUAAAAGUGUCAUUAGAAUGGGUUUUCUUCUUAAUCGAUACGUGGCCAAUGACAUUGUAAAAUUGAGGGUCGAUGGUCUCCCCAUCAAUAGAACGAGCGGGUGCAGCGGCCUGUUGAAAAUGGAAAGAUCACUGCGACCCCACCACGAGUCUAAAUCGAUUGUCUUGUAUACAUACCUCUUGUUGUUAUAAAGAUUGGAGACCAGGAGAUGAAACAUCAAUGACUGACAGGAUGAAGGUGGAGAGACGAGACAUUAAGUUUGAUCGAUGAGACAAAAUGAAUCAGCCAUAGACUAAAUAUUUAAAGGGUCCUUGUCUUGUAUUAAAAUACCUUUAACAAAGAUAGCUUGACACGUAUUUGAAAAUGUAAAAGGAUGACUUCAAAGGUGCGUAUCACAGACAUCAUUACCCAGUCUUGAGGGG